AGUGUCCUGCAGGGGUCGAGAGACUUAGUCCCUGUCGCUGCUUAGGCAGCCCAGAUGUCUAUGCGUGUGCUUGUGGUCAUGUGACAUGAGGCUGGGCCUGGCAUGGCGGCCGUGGGAAGAGCGAUGAGUUGAGAUCUGGGUGAUUCAAUCCCCGUUGCUUUAUUAUCCACUGUUAACGACGGCUCCAUGGCGGAGAGAGCCUUCGACCUAUCCGCCCUCCCGAAGGAGGUGAGGGAGCAGCUGGCAGAACUGGAGCUGGAGCUGUCAGAAGGUGAUAUCACCCAGAAGGGUUAUGAGAAAAAAAGAGCAAAACUAUUGGGUCCGUACAUCCCGCAAACACAAGGUGUUGAUCCAGCGCUACAGAAAGAGAAUCGGAACCAAACAACUGGAUCACCUGCUGCUCCUGCGCAAUCGUCCUCUAAGUACCAUCGAGCCAGAUCCGGAGGAGCUAGAGAUGAGCGUUACAGAUCAGAUAUCCAUACAGAAGCAGUCCAAGCGGCUCUGGCUAAGCAUAAAGAACAGAAGAUGGCAUUACCAAUGCCAACCAAAAGGCGGUCAACAUUUGUGCAGUCUCCAGCUGACGCAUGUACCCCUCCAGAUACAUCCUCCGCAUCUGAGGACGAAGGAUCCCUAAGACGCCAGGCUGCUCUUUCGGCAGCUCUUGCUCAGAGUUUACAGAAUUCAGAGGCCUGGAUCAACAGGUCCGUUCAGGGUUCAUCCACAUCAUCUUCAGCAUCCUCCACAUUAUCGCACGGAGAAGUAAAGAGUACCAGUGGCACCUUAGCAGAUAUACUUUCUAAUACUCACAUAGACAGUUCUCCUGCUCCACCCGAUGUUACCAACACCACCAAUUCCACAACCACUACAAGCACAUCAUCGUCUUCGUCAUCCUUGUCUUCAGUUCGCCCAGCAACCAUUGACCUUCCCCCUGCAGGCCUGGUGAAAGGGGUGCACAAGGCAGCUAGAAGGUCUAGCUUAAUGGAUACUGCAGAUGGUGUUGCAGUGAACAGUCGCGUCUCAACAAAAAUCCAGCAGUUGCUGAACACGCUCAAGCGACCAAAAAGGCCACCAUUAAAGGAAUUUUUUGUGGAUGAUUUUGAAGAGAUUGUAGAAGUACCCCGACCAGACCCAAACCAGCCCAAACCAGAAGGUCGCCAGGUGACCCCUGUAAAAGGAGAGCCCCUGGGUGUUGUGUGCAACUGGCCCCCGUCGGUAGAAGCCGCACUGCAGCGCUGGGGAACAACACAAGCAAAAUGUUCAUGUCUUACCGCUCUUGAUGUCACUGGCAAACCAACCUAUACGUUAACAUAUGGCAAGCUAUGGACCAGGAGUGUCAGACUGGCUUAUACCCUGCUGAACAAAUUGGGUACCAAGAAUGAACAAGUGCUGAAGCCUGGGGACAGGGUUGCCCUGGUUUACCCCAAUAAUGACCCAGUGAUGUUCAUGGUUGCGUUUUAUGGCUGUCUCUUGGCGGAGGUGAUCCCAGUGCCGAUUGAGGUACCUCUUACUAGAAAGGACGCUGGAGGGCAUCAGAUUGGAUUCCUGCUGGGAAGCUGUGGUGUUAAGAUCGCUCUUACUACUGAGGUUUGCUUGAAGGGGCUGCCCAAGACACAGAACGGGGAGAUUGUGCAAUUCAAAGGUUGGCCAAAACUCAAGUGGGUUGUAACAGACUCCAGAUACCUAUCAAAAUCACCAAAGGACUGGCAGCCACACAUCACCAAUGCUGGCACAGAGCCGGCAUACAUUGAGUACAAAACAAGCAAGGAAGGCAGUGUGAUGGGUGUGACCGUGUCUCGGAUAGCCAUGCUGUCUCAUUGCCAGGCACUCUCACAGGCCUGUAACUACACAGAGGGUGAGACCUUAGUUAAUGUCCUGGACUUCAAGAGGGAUGCAGGCCUGUGGCAUGGUAUACUAACGAAUGUAGUAAAUAAAAUGCACACGAUCAGCGUGCCGUACGCAGUGAUGAAAGCAUGUCCGUUGUCCUGGGUGCAGAGGGUACAUGCCAGUAAAGGCAGGGUGGCUGUAGUGAAGUGCCGGGACUUGCACUGGGCCAUGAUAGCCCACCGAGAACAAAAGGAUAUCAGUCUGGCCUCUCUCCGUAUGCUCAUUGUUACAGAUGGAGCUAAUCCUUGGUCCGUUUCCUCAUGUGAUGCAUUCCUGAGUUUGUUUCAGAAUCACGGCCUGAAGCCUGAGGUCAUCUGUCCAUGUGCAACCUCUCCAGAAGCUAUGACUGUCGCUAUUCGAAGGCCUGGAGUACCCGGUGCCCCCCUGCCUGGAAGAGCCAUUUUGUCUAUGAAUGGGUUAAGUUAUGGCGUGAUCAGAGUUAAUACAGAGGACAAGAAUUCUGCAUUGACCGUCCAGGACGUUGGACAUGUUAUGCCAGGAAGUGUGAUGUGCACUGUGAAGCCGGAAGGAGUACCCCAGCUCUGUAAAACUGAUGAGAUAGGAGAGAUCUGUGUGAGCUGUAAAGGAGGAGGCACAAUGUACUAUGGCCUGGCAGGGCUCACCAAGAACACCUUUGAGGUUUUGCCAGUUAAUGCUUCUGGGGCUUCUAUAGGAGAAAUACCCUUCAUCAGAACUGGGCUACUUGGAUUUGUGGGGCCAGGCAGUUUAGUGUUUGUGGUGGGAAAGAUGGACGGCACGGUGAUGGUGAGUGGGAGGCGCCACAAUGCUGAUGAUAUUGUGGCUACUGCCCUGGCGGUGGAAUCCUUUAAAACCCUGUACAGAGGAAGGAUUGCUGUGUUUUCAGUCACAGUAUUUUAUGACGAGCGGAUUGUGGUGGUGGCAGAACAGCGCCCUGAUGCUUCUGAGGAAGAUUCCUUCCAAUGGAUGAGCCGUGUAUUACAGGCCAUUGAUAGUAUCCACCAAGUGGGAGUUUACUGUCUUGCCCUGGUCCCAGCCAAUACGUUGCCAAAAACUCCACUGGGAGGAAUCCACAUAUCGCAAACUAAACAGCUUUUCUUGGAGGGCAGCUUACACCCCUGUAACAUACUCAUGUGUCCUCAUACGUGUGUAACCAACUUGCCAAAACCAAGGCAGAAGCAGCCAGGAGUUGGGCCAGCAUCUGUCAUGGUGGGUAAUCUGGUCGCAGGAAAAAGAAUUGCUCAGGCCUCCGGAAGAGAUUUGGGACAAAUAGAGGAAAAUGAUUUGGUGAAAAAGCACCAGUAUCUGACGGAAGUCUUACAGUGGCGAGCGCAAACCACUCCCGAACACGUUCUUUUUAUCCUCCUCAAUGCAAAGGGAACGGCAGUUUGCAAUGCCUCAUGUUUACAGCUACACAAGAGAGCAGAAAGAAUAGCAGCUGCCCUAUGUGAUAAAGGUCAUCUCAACGCCGGCGAUAACGUGGUGCUACUUUUUCCUCCCGGAAUUGAGUUGAUAGCUGCAUUCUAUGGCUGCCUGUACGCUGGCUGUAUUCCUGUAACUGUCCGGCCGCCUCACGCACAGAACCUCGCUGCCACCUUACCUACAGUACGAAUGAUUGUAGAUGUUAGCAAAGCUGCCUGCAUUCUCACUACACAAGCAUUGCUGAGAUUGCUCAAGUCCAAAGAAGCAGCAGCGGCUGUGGAUGUGAAAACUUGGCCAACCAUCAUCGACACCGAUGAUUUGCCCAGGAAACGGGUACCGCAGCUGUAUAAACCACCUACACCUGAAAUGCUGGCUUACCUGGACUUCAGUGUGAGCACGACUGGCAUGCUUACGGGGGUUAAGAUGUCUCAUGGAUCAGUAAAUGCACUGUGCCGGUCCAUAAAGCUGCAGUGUGAGCUGUACUCUACUCGCCAGAUCGCCAUUUGUCUUGAUCCUUAUUGUGGGCUUGGCUUUGUACUUUGGUGCCUUUGUAGUGUUUAUUCUGGUCAUCAGUCUAUAUUAAUUCCUCCUAUGGAGUUGGAAUCCAACUUAUUCUUGUGGCUCUCUGCUGUGAGUCAGUAUAAAAUUAGGGACACGUUCUGUUCAUAUUCUGUGAUGGAGAUGUGCUCAAAGGGACUGGGGAACCAGAUUGAGGUGCUAAAGACCAAAGGCAUUAAUCUGUCUUACGUGCGGACCUGUGUGGUGGUUGCUGAAGAGCGGCCGAGGGUGGCUUUGGCAUAUUCCUUUUCAAAACUCUUCAAAGACCUUGGGCUGUCCCCCCGCGCUGUGAGCACAACCUUUGGAUCCAGAGUUAACACCGCUAUAUGCUUGCAGGGAACCUCAGGGCCAGAUCCUACAACUGUGUAUGUGGAUCUGAAAUCCCUUCGGCAUGACAGGGUGCGCCUGGUGGAGAGGGGAUCUCCGCAGAGUUUGCUCCUAUUGGAAUCUGGAAAGAUUUUACCUGGUGUCACCGUAAUUAUUGUUAAUCCAGAGACCAAAGGACCAUUGGGGGAUUCCCACCUUGGAGAGAUCUGGGUGAACAGCGCCCACACAGCCAGCGGAUACUACACAAUAUAUGAUAGUGAGACCUUACAGGCUGAUCAUUUCAAUACCAGGCUUAGCUUUGGAGACACACAGACACUUUGGGCCAAAACGGGCUAUCUUGGCUUUGUCCGCAGGACAGAACUGACUGAUGCAAAUGGAGAGCGGCACGAUGCGCUGUUUGUGGUUGGAGCACUAGAUGAAACGCUGGAGCUGAGGGGGCUUCGUUAUCAUCCGAUAGAUAUCGAGACCUCAGUGUCACGCAUACACCGGAGUAUCGCUGAAUGUGCUGUUUUCACAUGGACCAACCUGCUGGUAGUGGUGGUGGAGCUGUGCGGCUCAGAACAGGAGGCUCUGGACUUGGUUCCUCUGGUGACCAACGUGGUGUUGGAAGAACAUUACCUGAUUGUGGGCGUGGUGGUGGUGGUGGAUCCCGGCGUGAUACCCAUCAAUUCCCGGGGAGAGAAACAACGGAUGCACCUGCGGGACAGUUUCUUAGCGGACCAGUUGGAUCCAAUCUACGUGGCGUACAACAUGUAACUGCGCCCACGGACUUCACUCAAGGGACUUGCACCUCUGUUUGUUUCCCAUGUGUAAUACCAAUGCCUGAUGCAUAGUCUCAAAUGUGUAUUAUGUUUUUAGGGUAACGCCUAGUGGGUCCUGUGCCCCCUGCAUUCUUUUCAGAAAGGGAACGUUGUGCUAAGUAGUAUUAAAUCACUGGACGCUAGCUGUGCCCUCCCUGCGCAGUAACAGUAUAAGUGCAAUGCUUGCUCAGCAAUCUCCGUGUCUUCAUCCCAGUUCUAUAGCAGGGACUGAGUCCAUAAUCAUGCUUUUCCUUCCUCCUCCUCCUGUUUUUUAAUUGCCCUUUAAUUUGCAGCCGUCAGUUCUUUUGGGUUUACCGUUUGUCCUUUAACUUAAUGCAACUGCUUCUAUAUAAAGGUGCCAUGAUCACCUUCUGCACGGGCGGCACAGGCAGGGUAAUGAGCCUGGCUAGCCCUGCAGGGGGUGGGGGAUAAAAACAGGAAUUUGACUAAAAAACUAGAUUUUUUUUCCAUUUAGAGAUGUCUUAAAUGUAAAAUAUUAUGCUUCUAUUUUAAAUAUGUAAAUAUUAAUAUAAUGUUACGGUAAAUAUGGAAUCGCUGUGGAGCUGUUCUAGGACUGCAAAUUUGAGGGUCUUAGCGUUUUACUAGGUUUUCAAUGUAUAGACAAUGCGAGUGAUAGGAGGAUCGUCCUGUUCCAUACAGAAGUAUUUUGUUGCUUACUAAUGUCCGUCGUUAGAUUCAUGCUGAAUGUCUCAUGAGUCGCUGUGUGGGAAUUGGCUCGCCGUUCCGCUGUUUGCCAGCAGGUUCCUUUGAUGCACUUUGUCAUAACUGCCUUGCGUCCCGUGUAGGGGAAAGACUUUUUCUCUGUGGCGUAUAUAUAAAUACCUUGUUCGUUCCUAACCAGCAUUCUGCGCUCUCACCCAGCCCACGCAGCCCCCACGUUCUAGCAGGGUCACACAGGGAAGGAAAUGUGAAUGUCCGUAUUACUGUAUAUAAUGCUACUCUGGAAGAAGCAAUGAUAGCCGACAGAGCCGUAUGCUUUAAGCAGUAUCUUUGCUUUUGAUGAUACCCGCGUGGCAUCUGUACUUCUCAUUUACGCACACUGACUUGAUGGGCUGAAGUUUCCUAUUGUGCAGUUAUUAAUGCUUAGCAUGGAACUGCUGUACAGGCCCCAGGAAACAGCAUCCUUACAAUGGUAAAUGUAUUUUCUUCUAUUUUUUCCCCUCUGUGCAUUUGUGUUACCACCCUUGUGCCAGGCCCUGUGCUCUGUAUGUGACAUAGUUGCACCAGGGCCAGUGUCCGUGCCAGGCAGAGCACUCUGGGCAUCAGUCUCCAGCGGGGCGGCACUACUAGCCUAGGAAGGGGCCACACUGAUGUAUAGGGAGAGAUACUAUCAUAGGGCUGCUGUAGCACCAGCCUGGAAAAGCCACAAACAAUUGGACAACAUUUGCUGUAGAGUCACUUGCUAUAGGAUAUUAAGUGCCAUUUAAGUGAAUUUACACACUAAAGUAUUAUCCCCCCCAGAUAUGGCACUGUAUUUGCACCUGAACGUGGACAUAAAUGGGGGAAAUGUAAUAAGGGAGGCAACGUUUGCUACAGGUCGCCCUUUAGCGACCAAUCAGCAGCAAGCAUUAGCUGAACACCUGUUUCAAAGCAAAAUUUCAAUUUGUUUGCUGUGGGGGCAGACUCCUAGCAGCUGCACAAUACAAUAAUCAGGAUUCUGAUGGAGGCAGCUCUUCCUGGUUACAGAUAUUGGUAAGACUGUUGCACGACUUGCUUUUGUUGGUUGCCAGUACAAUGUCUUUACACUGAUUUUAUUUAUCAUUUACUUUUAUACUGUGGAACGUAAUAACUGGCGGUUACAUGCAGCCGCCUCCCGCACAGGAGAAAAUGUCAUUGCCAUGUAUACCAUUCCUGUUCUUCUCAAAGAAGACUUCAACAUUUGCAUUAAAUUUUUAUUUUUGCCCUUGA